GUGGCCGCCGCCCCGCGCUCCCCGCCGCCCGCGCUCCCGCCGCCGGCGCGCCCAGCCACGUGGACCCGCCGGGCUCGCUGCCCUCACGUGCUUCCAGCAUCUGCUGGGGCGAGCGCGGCUCCAUGGCGGCCCUGGUGCUGGAGGACGGGUCGGUCCUGCGGGGCCAGCCCUUCGGGGCCGCCGUGUCGACUGCCGGGGAAGUGGUCUUCCAGACCGGCAUGGUCGGCUACCCCGAGGCCCUCACCGACCCUUCCUACAAAGCCCAGAUCCUAGUGCUCACCUACCCUCUGAUCGGCAACUACGGCAUCCCUGCAGAUGAAGUGGACCAGUUCGGUCUCAGCAAGUGGUUUGAGUCCUCGGGGAUCCACGUGGCGGGGCUGGUGGUGGGCGAGUGCUGCCCCACGCCCAGCCACUGGAGCGCCACCCACAGCCUGCACGAGUGGCUGUGUCAGCACGGCAUCCCCGGCCUGCAAGGUGUGGACACCCGGGAGCUGACCAAGAAGCUGCGCGAGCAGGGCUCCCUGCUGGGAAAGCUGGUCCAGGACGGGACGGAGCCUUCCACCCUGCCCUUCGUGGACCCCAACUCCCGGCCCCUGGUGCCAGAGGUCUCCAUUAAGGCACCGCGGGUGUUCAAUGCGGGGGGCUCCCCUCGGAUCCUCGCCUUGGACUGUGGCCUCAAGUAUAACCAGAUCCGAUGCCUGUGCUCGCGGGGGGCCGAGGUCACCGUGGUCCCGUGGGACCACGCCUUAGACAGCCAGGAAUACGAGGGACUUUUCCUGAGCAAUGGCCCCGGCGAUCCUGCCGCCUACCCCGGCGUGGUGUCCGCACUGGGCCGGGUCCUUUCGGAACCAAACCCCCGGCCCAUCUUUGGGAUCUGUCUCGGACACCAGCUCUUGGCCUUGGCCAUCGGGGCCAAGACAUACAAAAUGGGGUACGGGAACCGAGGCCACAACCAGCCGUGCUUGCUGGCGGGCACCGGGCGCUGCUUCCUGACCUCCCAGAACCAUGGGUUUGCCGUGGAGACGGACUCGCUGCCCGCGGGCUGGCUUCCUCUCUUCACCAACGCCAACGACCGCUCCAACGAAGGCCUCGUCCACCACAGCCUGCCCUUCUUCAGUGUCCAGUUCCACCCGGAGCACCAGGCUGGCCCUUCGGACAUGGAGCUGCUCUUUGAUAUCUUCCUGGAGACUGUGAACGCAGCCAAGGCUGGGAACCCUGGGGGCCAGACAGUCCGAGAGCGGCUGACCGAGCGCCUCUGCCCCCCUGGGAGUCCCACCCCUGGCUCGGGGCUCCCUCCCCCCCGAAAGGUCCUGAUCCUGGGCUCGGGAGGCCUCUCCAUUGGCCAGGCGGGAGAGUUCGACUACUCCGGCUCCCAGGCGAUCAAGGCCCUGAAGGAGGAGAACAUCCAGACGCUGCUGAUCAACCCCAACAUAGCCACGGUGCAGACGUCCCAGGGGCUGGCCGACAAGGUGUACUUCCUGCCCAUCACCCCGCACUACGUCACACAGGUGAUCCGUAACGAGCGCCCCGAUGGUGUGCUGCUGACGUUCGGGGGCCAGACGGCUCUGAACUGCGGGGUGGAGCUGACCAAGGCCGGGGUGCUGGCUCGGUACGGGGUGCGCGUCCUGGGCACGCCCGUGGAGACCAUCGAGCUGACCGAGGACCGGCGGGCCUUCGCGGCCCGGAUGGCAGAGAUCGGGGAGCACGUGGCCCCCAGCGAGGCGGCAAACUCCCUGGAGCAGGCCCAGGCUGCAGCGGAACGCUUAGGCUACCCGGUGCUGGUGCGCGCCGCCUUCGCCCUGGGGGGCCUGGGCUCCGGCUUCGCCUCCAACAAGGAGGAGCUGUCGGCGCUGGUGGCGCCCGCGUUCGCACACACCAGCCAGGUGCUGGUCGACAAGUCCCUGAAGGGCUGGAAGGAGAUCGAGUACGAGGUGGUGAGAGACGCCUACGGCAACUGUGUCACGGUGUGCAACAUGGAAAACUUGGACCCCCUGGGCAUCCACACCGGCGAGUCCAUCGUGGUCGCUCCCAGCCAGACGCUGAACGACAGGGAGUACCAGCUGCUGCGGCAGACGGCCAUCAAGGUCACACAGCACCUGGGGGUCGUCGGCGAGUGCAACGUGCAGUAUGCCCUGAACCCCGAGUCGGAGCAGUACUAUAUCAUCGAAGUCAACGCCAGGCUCUCGCGCAGCUCCGCCCUGGCCAGUAAGGCCACGGGCUACCCACUGGCCUACGUGGCCGCUAAGCUGGCUCUGGGCAUCCCGCUGCCCGAGCUCAGGAACUCGGUGACCGGGGGCACCGCAGCCUUCGAGCCCAGCCUGGACUACUGCGUGGUCAAGGUCCCGCGCUGGGACCUCAGCAAGUUCCUGCGCGUCAGCACCAAGAUCGGGAGCUGCAUGAAGAGUGUCGGUGAGGUCAUGGGCAUUGGGCGUUCCUUCGAGGAGGCCUUCCAGAAGGCUCUGCGCAUGGUGGACGAGAACUGUCUGGGCUUCGAUCACACCGUCAAGCCGGUCAGUGACAUGGAGCUGGAGACGCCAACCGAUAAGCGGAUCUUCGUGGUGGCCGCCGCCCUGUGGGCCGGCUACUCGGCGGAGCGCCUGUACGAGCUGACGCGCAUCGACCGCUGGUUCCUGCACCGCAUGAAACGCAUCAUCACGCACGCCCAGCUGCUGGAACAGCACCGGGGUCAGCCGCUGCCCCCCGACCUGCUGCACCAGGCCAAGCGCCUGGGCUUCUCCGACAAGCAGAUCGCGCUGGCCGUCCAGAGCACAGAGCUGGCCGUCCGCAAGCUGCGCCAGGAGCUGGGGAUCUGCCCGGCCGUGAAGCAGAUUGACACGGUGGCGGCCGAGUGGCCGGCCCAGACAAACUACCUCUACCUGACCUAUGGCGGCACCACCCACGACCUCACCUUCCGGUCCCCUCACGUGCUGGUCCUGGGCUCCGGGGUCUACCGCAUCGGCUCCAGCGUGGAGUUUGACUGGUGCGCCGUGGGCUGCAUCCAGCAGCUGCGGAAGAUGGGGUAUAAGACCAUCAUGGUGAACUACAACCCCGAGACAGUUAGCACCGACUACGACAUGUGUGACCGGCUCUACUUCGAUGAGAUUUCCUUUGAGGUGGUGAUGGACAUCUACGAGCUGGAGAACCCCGAGGGUGUGAUCCUGUCCAUGGGCGGGCAGCUGCCCAAUAACAUGGCCAUGGCCCUGCACCGGCAGCAGUGCCGGGUCCUGGGCACCUCGCCCGAGGCCAUCGACUCGGCCGAGAACCGUUUCAAGUUCUCCCGGCUCCUGGACACCAUCGGCAUCAGCCAGCCCCAGUGGCGGGAGCUCAGUGACCUCGAGUCUGCCCGCCAGUUCUGCCAGACGGUGGGGUACCCCUGCGUGGUGCGGCCCUCCUACGUGCUGAGCGGAGCAGCCAUGAACGUGGCCUACACGGACGGGGACCUGGAGCGCUUCCUGAGCAGCGCGGCCGCGGUCUCCAAGGAGCACCCCGUGGUCAUCUCCAAGUUCAUCCAGGAGGCCAAGGAGAUUGACGUGGACGCCGUGGCCUGCGAUGGCGUGGUGGCAGCCAUCGCCAUCUCGGAGCACGUGGAGAACGCAGGCGUGCAUUCAGGUGACGCCACGCUGGUAACCCCGCCCCAGGACAUCACCCCCAAAACCCUAGAGCGCAUCAAGGCUAUCGUGCACGCCGUGGGCCAGGAGCUGCAGGUCACGGGGCCCUUCAACCUGCAGCUCAUUGCCAAGGACGACCAGCUGAAGGUCAUCGAGUGCAACGUGCGCGUCUCUCGCUCCUUCCCCUUCGUCUCCAAGACCCUCGGGGUGGACCUCGUGGCCCUGGCCACGCAGGUCAUCAUGGGGGAAGAAGUGGAGCCCGUGGGGCUCAUGACUGGCUCCGGCGUGGUGGGGGUGAAGGUGCCCCAAUUCUCCUUCUCGCGCUUGGCGGGGGCUGACGUGGUUCUGGGCGUGGAGAUGACCAGCACGGGGGAGGUGGCCGGCUUCGGGGAGAGCCGCUGCGAGGCCUACCUCAAGGCCAUGCUGAGCACGGGCUUCAAGAUCCCCAAGAAGAACAUCUUGCUGACCAUCGGCAGCUAUAAGAACAAGAGCGAGCUGCUCCCGACCGUGCGGCUGCUGGAGAGCCUGGGCUACAGCCUCUACGCCAGCCUGGGCACCGCCGACUUCUACACCGCGCACGGCGUCAAGAUCACCGCCGUGGACUGGCACUUCGAGGAGGCGGUGGACGGCGAGUGCCCGCCCCAGCGCAGCAUCCUGGAGCAGCUGGCCGAGAACCACUUCGAGCUGGUGAUCAACCUGUCCAUGCGGGGUGCGGGGGGCCGGCGCCUCUCCUCCUUCGUCACCAAGGGCUACCGCACCCGGCGCCUGGCCGCCGACUUCUCCGUACCCCUCAUCAUCGACAUCAAGUGCACCAAGCUCUUUGUGGAGGCCCUGGGCCAGAUUGGGCCGGCGCCCCCCAUGAAGGUGCAUGUGGACUGCAUGACCUCCCGGAAGCUCGUGCGGCUCCCUGGCUUGAUUGACGUGCAUGUGCACCUGCGGGAGCCUGGUGGGACACACAAGGAGGACUUUGCGUCGGGCACUGCCGCGGCCCUGGCCGGGGGCGUCACCAUGCUGUGUGCCAUGCCCAACACCUGGCCCCCCAUCACCGACGCCCCGGCCCUGGCCCUGGCCCAGAAGCUGGCAGAAGCCGGCGCCCGCUGCGACUUCGCCUUGUUCCUCGGGGCCUCGGCGGAUAACGCGGGCACCCUGGGCCCUGUGGCUGCGUCGGCCGCGGGGCUGAAACUCUACCUCAACGAGACCUUCUCCGAGCUGCGGCUGGACAGCGUGGCCCAGUGGAUGGAGCACUUCGAGACGUGGCCAGCCCACCUGCCCAUCGUGGCCCACGCCGAGCGGCAGAGCCUGGCGGCCGUGCUCAUGGUGGCCCAGCUGACGCAGCGCCCGGUGCACAUCUGCCACGUGGCCCGGAAGGAGGAGAUCCUCCUGAUCAAAGCCGCCAAGGCCCGGGGGCUGCCCGUGACGUGCGAGGUGGCGCCGCACCACCUCUUCCUAAGUCGGGACGACCUGGAGCGCCUGGGGCCGGGCAAGGCCGAGGUGCGGCCCGAGCUGGGCUCGCGCCAGGACGUGGACGCCCUGUGGGAGAACAUGGCCGUCAUCGACUGCUUCGCCUCGGACCACGCGCCCCACACCGUGGAGGAGAAGUGUGGCCCGCGGCCACCGCCCGGCUUCCCGGGCCUGGAGACCAUGCUGCCGCUGCUGCUGACCGCCGUGAGCGAGGGCCGCCUGAGCCUGGACGACCUGCUGCAGCGCCUGCACCACAACCCCCGCCGCAUCUUCCACCUGCCCGCGCAGGAGGACACCUACGUGGAGGUGGACCUGGAGCAUGAGUGGACGGUCCCCAGCCACAUGCCCUUCUCCAAAGCGCGCUGGACACCCUUCGAGGGGCAGAAGCUGAAGGGCACCGUGCGCCGCGUGGUCCUGCGAGGGGAAGUGGCCUACAUUGACGGGCAGGUCCUGGUGCCCCCAGGCUACGGGCAGGAUGUGCGCAAAUGGCCUCAGGGAGCCGUGCCCCAGCCCCCGCCCCCCGCCCCUGCCUCCAGUGAGAUUUCCACGACGCCCGAGAGGCCCCGCCGCAACACCCCGGGGCUUCCAGAGAGCCGUUUCCACCUGCCGCCCCGGAUCCACCGAGCCUCCGACCCCGGCCUGCCCGCCGAGGAGCCAAAGGAAAAGCCCUCCCGGAAGGUGGCAGAGCCCGAGCUGACGGGCACCCCGGACAGUGCCUGCUACCCUCCACCACCAGUACCUAGACAGGCAUCGCCCCAGAACUUGGGGGCCCCGGGCCUGCUGCACCCCCAAACCUCACCCCUGCUGCACUCACUAGUGGGCCAGCAUAUCCUGUCUGUCCAGCAGUUCACCAAGGACCAGAUGUCUCACCUCUUCAACGUGGCGCACACGCUGCGGAUGAUGGUCCAGAAGGAGCGGAGCCUGGACAUCCUCAAGGGCAAAGUGAUGGCCUCCAUGUUCUACGAGGUGAGCACGCGGACCAGCAGUUCCUUCGCCGCGGCCAUGGCCCGGCUGGGCGGCGCCGUGCUCAGCUUCUCGGAGGCCACGUCGUCCGUGCAGAAGGGCGAGUCUCUGGCCGACUCGGUGCAGACCAUGAGCUGCUACGCCGACGUGGUGGUGCUUCGCCACCCCCAGCCCGGCGCGGUGGAGCUGGCGGCCAAGCACUGCCGGAGGCCAGUGAUCAACGCGGGGGACGGCGUGGGCGAGCACCCCACGCAGGCCCUCCUGGACAUCUUCACUAUCCGCGAGGAGCUGGGCACUGUCAACGGCAUGACGAUCACCAUGGUGGGUGACCUGAAGCACGGGCGCACGGUGCACUCCCUGGCCUGCCUGCUCACGCAGUACCGCGUCAGCCUGCGCUACGUGGCGCCGCCCGGCCUGCACAUGCCCGCCAGCGUGCGGGCCUUCGUGGCCGCCCGGGGCACCAAGCAGGAGGAGUUUGAGAGCAUCGAGGAGGCGCUGCCCGACACCGACGUGCUCUACAUGACCCGGAUCCAGAAGGAGCGUUUCGGCUCCACGCAGGAGUACGAGGCUUGCUUCGGCCAGUUCAUCCUCACCCCCCACAUCAUGACCCGGGCCAAGAAGAAGAUGGUGGUCAUGCACCCCAUGCCCCGCGUCAACGAGAUCAGUGUGGAAGUGGACUCCGACCCCCGGGCCGCCUACUUCCGCCAGGCCGAGAACGGCAUGUACAUCCGCAUGGCCCUACUAGCCACCGUGCUGGGCCGCUUCUAGGCCGGUGCCCCCCACGGGGGCAGCCCACAGGGCACCUUCCAGGCCCCGGGCAGGGCCGAUGUACUCGCUCGGGCCUGAGUACAGGGCCUGGGACACAGGGCCCGGUCACCCCACCCCCCUUCCCAGCCUCCCACCUGUACAGUCACUUUUGUACCGACCCAAUAAAUCUGAAUUGUCUC